AUGAAUAACAUUCAUCAACAGCAAAACAUGAACUCAUGGCAUGCCAUGUAUUCAGUAACUGAUAGACAAAAAGUUGUACAAAUACUAUCUAGUACUUUAAAAGAUAUACAAGGCGCUAGUUUCGAUGCUGAAAGAGCAACAGCCAUGGCUCAAGAAUACGAGAAAUUUACGUUUGUGAAGUCACAGAGCAGAGACGAGUACUUGAGGCAGAUCAAACAAAAGGUGUCGCAGCUUCGAACGGGCCAAAGAAAUCCUGCCAUGGGAAUGUUGCCAAACAUGAAUAUGGGCAACAUUAAUCAACCAAAGCAGCCACAGGCCCAACAGCAGCAAAAUCAACAGAAUGGAAUGAAUCAACAAAACAUGAACUUUAUGCAGCAGCAGGUUCAAGCUAGACAACAGGCCGCCGUUCAAAUGCAAGCGCAAAUGAGAAAUAACGGGAUUUCCAAUCAGCAACCUUCAGGCCCACAGAUGGCAGCUCUGCAACAAAUGAUGCAAUCAAAUCCCCAGCAAGUUCAGCAGAUCAGCAACAUGAUUAGGAAUGUACCUAUUCCUCAAACCCUCUUGUCGAAAAUUCCGAAUUUACCACUCAAUGUUAAUACGUGGGCCCAAAUUUUCGAUUGUUUUCAGAAGAAGAUCAUUCCAGCAAAUGUGAUGCCAUUGGUUAAAGAUAUACACAACACCCAUAUCCAACUUGCCUAUCGCCAACACCAACAACAAAAGCUAAACCAAAUGCAAAGAAUGAAUCAGGGGCAAAACCAGAUUAAUCCAAAUCUGCAGACAGCCCAGAGAGGAAAUAUGAACGUUAAUGGGGCUAUAGCUGGAACAAAUACUACGCCAGUAAUGAAUAAUAUGGCAGCUUUCAAUAUGAAAGCUUUGAGUCCUCAACAAAAACAGCAGUUAUUGCAAAGGCAAAUGCAACUGAGAAAUGGGAUUCCUGGUCAACAAGCAAUAAUGACCCAAAAUCAAAAUCAAAGUCAGAAUCAAAAUCAAAAUCAGCAUCAACAAUCAUCGCCUCUGCUUCAACAAAGGCAAGUGCAACAACAAGCACACCCACCACAGCAACAACCCCAACAGCAACAACAACAAUUCGGUAACUCUCAAAUCAAGCCACCGAAUUUUCAAAUCACACCCCAGGAUAUUAUGAAAUACAGUUCUGACGCUUUGGCAUUACUUUCAAGAUUGCAAGCCACUGGAUCAAUUCAAGGUAAUUUAGACCAAUCUCAGAAAGAAAAUUUUAUUCGAAAAUAUAUCGUUCAUCAAAAGACACAAUCAUGGAGACAGCAAAACCCAAAUAGAGGUAACGACAUGGGUGAUUCUGGUAAUAUCAUGGCUGGUAAUGGAAUGCAAAUGCCACGAGGGAUGCAUGGUCAAAUUCCCCAGAAACACACCCCAGUACCUCAAUCAAAGCCAAAUCAGACUUCACCGUUAUUAAAGAACAUGGGAAUUAAUGGUCAACAAGUCAUGAACAAUCAACAGGUUCCUAACAUUUCUCCAAUGAUGCAACAAAGAGCUCCCCCUAAUCAGAUACCCCUAUCAAAUAAUGGUAAUGGUAACGGGAACAACAAAAAUGGGAUGAACUAUAUGGGGCAACAGGGUCGAUCAGGAACAAAUGUACCUCCAGGAAUUGCAUCUUUAUUACCGCCUUUGACAGAUGAGAUGAAAAUGAAGUUGUGGCAAAUGAUUGAAGAGGUCUCACGCAAUAAUAUUGCCUUGAAGGAUGUGACAAUGAUGUUAUCACCUCAAGACAAGAAUACUGUUCGCGAAACAAUGAGCAGGAUAUCCCAGCAAUAUGCCAAUGUUGAUAGUAUAAUCACUUACUUUUUUAUAAUCACCAGAAAUAAUGAAGGAACAAAAAGAUUAAUUCAGAUGAAAUAUAUGACUAAAAAUAUCAUGGAAAGCUUACAAAGGGGUGUAUACUUGGCAUCACCAGAUCUAUUAGAAAAGUUGAGGUCUCAGUACCAAAAAUAUUUUGAUUACGUCAAGGAGCAGUUUGCGGGAAGAAGGCAACAAAUGCAAAAUCAGCAACCUAAUGUACCUCAACAAACACAACACAUUCCACAAUCGCAGCAAUUAAACCAGCAGCAAAUACCUAUGGCUCAGGGACAACCCCAAUACAUGAACAAUCAAGCUAGAAAUGGGCCAGUUCAAUCGAUGAUGAGUCAGGCUCCUCAAAGAACCCCCCUGCAGAUGCAAUCAAUGAAUCUUAACCAAAAUACUCCAUGGCCCGGAGCAGUGAAUUCGAACCAACCUUCCAGACCGGCAACUAAUAGCAGUCCAUGGAUGCCUCAAGCUUCACCGCCUAUGCAAGCUGGUCAAACACCGGCACCAAUGCCUCAAAAACAAAUUCCCAAAACUACGAAUAAUCAGAAUAAGAAAACCAGCAAUGCUCCUACUCCAUCAGCAUCUAGGAAGAAAGCAAAUAAAGGAACUUCUCUGGUUGGAGGGAUACCUACGCCCGCCGGCAAUACUUCUACUCCAAGCUCAAUGGCGAAUGCUAUCAAAACUCCCAAUAGCAUACCAACUCCACAGAUUGGACAAAUUCAAAGUAAUAAGAAUACCCCAACAGGAAAUUCACCUUCAAGUUCAAAAAAUGCAUCAGCAUAUGCUCAAAAUAGUGUCGAUGUUUUCAUUCAUAGUGAAACUGAUAGUAGGUCUUCGAAGAGGAGAGAACUUUCGAAAUCAAAUCCGGAAAAGUUUUUCUUUGCAUCUAUGGCAAAUCUUCUAGAAUUAGAUGAUUCUUCACUAGAAUCAAUCAGACUGCGAUCGCCUGGAGUACUCUCAAAAAUAUCUAAAGAUCAGCACUUUGUUAAGUCACCUCUAUCGCCUGCUUCAAUGUCUUCCGAGUGGUCUUGUGAGAUCAAACCAUUUGCUAUAGUGUCGUCGUUUCGACAAGUUGAUACAAUCAAAGACUUUUCAACGAUGGACGUGAUAAAGGCAUGCGCUGAAACUAUUUUCGAGGAAACAAAGCAACAAGGAAAUGGAAUUAAACGUGAAAGAGAUGACGAAGAGAACUUACUGGAAGAAAAGAAGUUGAAAGUUGAUAAAAAAGAUUUCAGGUGUAUGUAUGAACCAGUUGAUUUUGAUACUUGGAAGGACUUUAUUGUAGCUGAUGGAAAAUGA